GAUUCUGGGAUUAGCUGUAGCCGCAGGUAAUAGCCAAACAUUGGGAGACUCACGGCAACAGAAGACUGCGUUUUACGGACACAAGAAAAAAGAGAGACGACACGAAUGAGCCGAGCUGUGCUGGUCGGUCGAGGCAGCCGACUUUAGGUUUGCAAAGUUUGACGUUACGUGGAAGUAAAGUCACCUGGGAAUCUGUGGGCGGACAAAAUCCGUCUUUCUUUCUCUGUUUGAAGCGCUAGCAGAAGUUUUCUGUGAGAGACUUCCGCGGUUUGCUCGCCAAGCAAGUUCUCUGGGAUAACAAUCACAAGUGUUUCCUCAUAUGCGGUCCCAGGUAUUCUGAGCCAUGCCUGGCCACAGCACAGGGGCUCCCCAGACGUCCCGCCACCACAAACACCACAGCUCCAGCUCCAGGGCUGAAAAGCACAGAGCGACCCGGACUAUAUCCAGGGAGAGCACGGCCAGCCAAGACUCCUACAAGGAUCCUCAUGGGGAGCAUCAUGAGCACCACACUGACCACUCCCGGUAUUCAGAGAACAAGUAUGGUCGCAGCAGGGGCCACCCGCGAAAUGGCACGGGUAGGGGCUCAGAGACUAUAGGAUUUAUUCCUGGGUCAGCAGACAGCACGCCCACCAGCAGACAUGCCUGUGGCUCCUGUGCCUCCAUGGGCUGGAGUGGCUGUAAGGCUCUUAUCUGCUGUGUACUGACCUGUGGAUUUUAUGGCAGCCGGGAGCCCUGCCUGCCUGUUAACGAGAGCUCCACAGACCAUCACCCUAAAACAGGCAGCGAGCCUCACCCUCCUAAUGGCAUGGCUAUAACCAACCCCACUUGUAACAUCCCUGUGGAGUCAAACAAGUCCACCAAAACCUCCAAGCUGCCCAUGAGUGACAGCUUCCGCUACCCAGAUGUGCGCAUCGCAGGUAAGACAGUAAGGUAUCCAGUUGCUGCCCCCAGACGAACCCGCACGCCUGGCAAGGGGGAAAGCGAGCGGCCUGUCAGUAACACCAGCCUGAUAUCCCGUGAGGACUAUGACUUAGAUGAGGUGAGUGACACGGGCACAGACAUUGACUCUCUUAUCACCAAGAAGCUGCUGGAGCUCUACGCCCUGCACCAGAUUGACCAGCUGGCCAAGUGCACCUCCGACUCCUCGUUCUCCCGCAAGACCAACGAGAUCAGCGAGCUCAUCUACAGCAUCGCUCAGGACUACAACCUGGAGGAGCAGGAGGCCGAGUGCAAGCUGGUGCACGGGGUCAUCCGCAUCAGCACGCGCAAGGGAAAGAGAAAAGCGGGCCAUCAGUCAACAGGACAGCGAGCCAACGGGAGGAACGAUGGGACGCUCCCUGACAGUGGCAACGAGACCAUGACCCACACUUUAAUGAGCAGUGACUUUCCAGAGGUGAAAGUGUCAGAGCAGACGCCUUCAGACGAGCUGGCAAGAAAAAUGAGACAUUACAGCGGGAGAACGUACUCCUCCAGCACCGCCACAGCCUACUCGCCCUACCAUCACGACACCGAAACAGACUCUUCAGGCGCUCCUCUUCUUCUUCUCUGAAGGGUGAUAUAAAAGUACCUGUGCUAACAAGUGAGGUAGCCAACUAGAUGGACAAUGUUAUUCGUCUGCUAUUAUUUGUUGUUGUCGCUGUUACUGAGUGGAGCACCUUUUUACC